GCCACCAUACAGCACAGUUUUUUUAAUGGAAACCAUAACCCAAACAUCACUAAUCUAUUAAUUUAUUAUUUACAUUUUAAGUUUUAACAAGAAAUGCAGUAAAUGACACACCAUCUAAUUAUUUCAACCUUUUAACAAUCUCUACAAGCAUGAGUGGUCCAAGGAUGAAUGCGGCCCCUAUCAAUGGGAACAGCAGAAGGCCUAAUUACGUGAGGGUACCGCCUAUAGAACGACCGUCUUCAUCGCAACACGACGACCUUAUUAAGUUCAUUCAGGAAUCUUGGAGUAAGGUUUCGCAGGAAGUCGGUAGGAACGCGGGUAAUACGGCGACCUAUUAUCGCGAGCAGGAGCCUGAAAUGUUGAAGAACUUCGAACCGUUUGACCUAGACGCGUAUUGGGGAAAGCGAGGUAUACAGAACGUACACCAAUGA